AUGAGCAACAGUGUCGAGAUUCUAAGUAGCGCAGAUUGUACAUGGCCAACAUUACCUCGGUUUGAUGCUCUCCACACCACAGAGCACUCGCAACUGGCACAACAUGCUAGCAGACUAGAAAGACAAGUCGCCGAGCUACAAGAUCGCCUCCAGUCCCAACAGAGGAAUGAAAACUGCACUCAUGAAGUCGCCCCGCAUUCUAUCUCACCAGUCGACUACCAUGGUGAGCUAUCGACGGAUGUUGUGCUUUUGAGUAUGAACGCUGCUGCAGAGCCGUCAUUUGUCGGUGCAACAUCGGGCUUCUCGCUUUCUAGGCUUGUGGAGGGAAUUUUGUCACAAUCUAUGUUAGGCGAAAGAGUUAGAGGUAGUGUCACCACUUUGUCUGAUCAGACACCAUUGCCAGAGCAUUCGGCGGCCACAGAUCAAGAGGAUGUUUUGGUUGAUACGUUCUUCCAACGAGUGCAUCCUCGAUAUCCACUUCUUGAUGAGGUUUCCCUUCAGAAUUUAUUUCGUGAAAGAACCCGGGACGAAGAUCACAAUGCCCACAAUCUCUUCUUACUGUAUAUGGUUUACGCUAUUGCUGCGAGGACCAUUCAACUACACCCCGAGAUGCGUCGAUGCACAAGCCCAGAGACAUACUUUACACGUGCCCUUCGCCAUAUCGACUCUGCUCUAGCGAGCCAGAGCUUACAACGGGUCCAAGCCCUCCUAUUAAUUGCCGUCUAUCUUCUACGCACUCCGAGUAAUGUGUCAAACCUUGGAAGCUGGCACAUUAUUGGGCUUGCCAUAAGACACGCGGUCGAGAUGGGCCUCCAUCGCAAUCUUCGUGAUUCUCGAGCGAGACAACUGAAUGCAGAAGAACUCAAUCUGCGCAACCGUGUCUUCUGGAGUGCGUAUAUUUUGGAUCGAGCGGUCUCACUGACCCUUGGCAGACCAUUCGCCCUAGCAGAACAUGAGAUUGACGUUCCGGUGCAUGACUCGAGAAAAUACCAAUCAUUCACCCAUAUGUGCCAUUUACGACGGCUGGAAAGCCGCAUACACCGUGAAAUAUUUGGUGCCGACGUGCAUGAGGCUUCUGACGAAAAGCUUGACUGUUUUCGGUAUGAGCUGGAUGCCUGGCGACUUGCUGUCCCGGUUCCGAUAGAUGCCUCUUUUAAUCCCUCUGGCUACUCGAUGUACGAUACAAGGGAAUUCUUCGAUAUUCAAUAUAGCAAAGCACUACGUAUGCUCCUUCAACGACGUAUCACUACGGCAAAGAAAGAACCAGAAGGAGACGCUUCGAAGACAGCAGAGUAUCUCACACUGAGUGCUCGGGCAGCUGGAGACAUCUGCCAACAUUACAAAGUGCUCCAUCAGCGAAGCCCUUUGGGCUGGAAUCUCCUGGCGCUACAUUCCAUCUUCACGGCCGGUCUAACUCUCCUAUACUCCACUUGGACAAGGAAGGAUAGGCCCGACCUCGUCGCGUUGGAAGAUAUUCGAGCCUGUUCGAGUGUCCUGUUUGCCAUCUCAGAGCAAUGGCCGUCGACAAAACGGUUUAGGGAUAUUUUUGAAACCCUGACACGGGAGAUGAUGGAUAUUUUGAAGCGCAGCCAAGCUCAGCAUUGGAACGGAUUAUUUCCAGUCGAUCCGAACCCGUUCGGGGGUGAGGGCUUUUGGUCGAUAUUUGAUGAUUUAGUGGAAGACGAUUACAUCCGCGAUCAGUUUAGGCUUGAGGAAAUGAUGGGUUAA